AUGCUUUAUGCGGACAAGCGCGCCCUCGAGACCAAUCUCAAGGUCGAGCUGCUCGAGAUUCGUGAGAAGGAGCUCAACUUCUACACCAACAACUGCCAAAACAUCGGCACGCAGGCUGCGAUGCUGGCGGGCUUCGCGUUUGCGGGCAUGAUGCAGCCGCUGCCAGACCAGCCCGAGGCGCACGCGCCGCCGCCGCCGCACUCGUUCUACCCAUGCGGCCGCCGGCCCGCGAGCCCUCCUGCGCACCGCCUGGUGACGGUGGUGACGACGACGCUGCUGUCGAUGCUGUCGCCCGGCCUCGCGCUGCGCGGGCCCGACGGCUCGAUGCACACCGCCGUCGACGGCAUGGUCGACGAGUAUCGCCUCUCCUUUUACACGUUCAUGCUCGGGCUGAUAGCGACGCACUUUGCGGCCGCCUUUUUUGUGCUCGUCUUCCUCUGGUGGCAAGCUGCCGUCCUCUCCUUUUGCAUCUUCUUCUCCCUCGCGAUGCUCUACCGCAUGACGCGCGUGCUGAUGCUCAAGUUCGCCAUGCCCAAGGGCGAGCUGCAGACGGGCAAGUUCGAGGCGGCCGAGGGUGCCGCCGCGGGGGCGCAGGCCGGGGUCGUCGACGCGGGCGAGAUCUCGACGCUGUCGGCCCUCAUCCUGCAGGAGCAGCGACUAGCGGCCGCUGCGCAGGCGCAGCCGGCCCGGCAGCCGGCCAGGCAGUGUGGUCGGUGCACGGAACGCGCCGGCGCCGGCAAGCGAGGCCAUCGAGAUGACGGCGGCCAGCGGCGGCUCCGACAGGUGGGAGCAGGGCGGGAUCGUCGACUAGCGGCGCGCGCCCACCAUCCCCGGGAGUGGUGCGUCGUACGUUACGCGGGGCGAGCCUGUAGACGCAUUCAUUCCCGCGUGUUGCGUGGCCGGCCCUGCUCCUCCCCCCUCCCCUCUAGAUGCUGCAUGCGCGCACGUCUGUGAGACGCUGUCUCGGUUUUGCGCUAUACGUACGUUCGCG